AGCGCGAGGCGUGACCUAGUUGACAGGCUCUGAGGUGCUGCUGUGGCGGCGGCCGCGGGGCAGAGCGGGCGGGCUGAGGGAGGAGGGCGGCGACGGGCGAGCGGCGAGCGGCGCGGGACGCAGAGCCUUUGCACUUUUCCCACCCGAGUGUUUUUUCCCCCCCUCCAUCCCCCCUUCCCCCCCACUCCACACACCCUGUUUGCCCGUGAGCCUGGGGAACUUGCAGCUUAAAGCCAGCCACCCCCACGGCAGCAUGUACCCCAGCAACAAGAAGAAAAAGGUGUGGAGAGAGGAGAAAGAACGUUUGCUGAAGAUGACCUUAGAGGAGAGACGCAAAGAAUACAUAAGGGACUAUGUUCCUCUGAGCACCAUUCUGUCAUGGAAGGAGGAGAUGAAGAGCAAGGGCCAAAAUGAUGAAGAAAAUACUCAGGAAACAUCACAAAUGAAGAAAAGUUUGAGUGAAAAGGUUUCUCUCUACAGAGGUGACAUCACAUUGCUAGAGGUGGAUGCAAUAGUCAAUGCGGCAAAUGCCAGUCUUCUUGGAGGAGGUGGUGUGGAUGGCUGUAUUCAUAGAGCAGCUGGUCCCUGUUUGUUAGCUGAGUGUCGGAACCUGAAUGGCUGUGAGACUGGACAUGCAAAAAUCACGUGCGGCUAUGACCUCCCUGCAAAGUAUGUCAUCCAUACCGUAGGGCCAAUAGCCAGAGGCCACAUUAAUGGUUCCCACAAGGAAGACCUUGCAAAUUGCUAUCAAUCAUCCUUGAAGCUGGUGAAAGAAAAUAACCUCCGAUCAGUUGCAUUUCCCUGCAUUUCAACAGGCAUUUAUGGUUUUCCAAAUGAGCCUGCUGCAGUCAUUGCCCUAGAUACGAUUAAGGAAUGGCUGGCCAAGAAUCACCAGGAGGUGGACCGAAUCAUCUUCUGUGUCUUCCUAGAAGUUGACUUCAAAAUCUACAAAAAGAAAAUGAGCGAGUUCUUCCCUGUUGAUGAUAACAAUGAAGGAGCAGCUGAUGCUGACAUGAAAGAAGAUGCAGAAGGGCUAGAGCCUAAAGGCCUUUCUCCACCUCACAAGAAGAGCAAAGCGAAGAAACCAGAAAGUUCAAAAGACUCCAGUGAAGAUGAGAGUGGUCCAGAGGAAAAGCAAACUGCGGAAGAAAUGGAAGGGCAGAGCCAAGAAGCAGGUGGGCUCAGGUUUCUUUUGAGGAGUCUCCUAGGCCUCAUCCACAGAGACAGUGUCAACACCACCCCUGUGCCCAGUCCUGCUUCAGAAGAAACAGUGGAAGUCCGUAAAGACGAAGAUUCUGCAAAGGAUGACAAUACCAUAAAAGACAGUGAUGUGACCAAUCAUUCUGUGUGUGACCAAGAACUUCCCAAUGGACAAGAGAAUGACUCAACCAAGAGUGAAGUAAAAAUUGAGACAGAGUCCCCAAGCUCAUCUAUGGAGACAGAAGAGCUUUCAUCAAACCAAGAAGAUGCCACAAUUGUGGAGCAACCAGAGGUGAUUCCCCUGACAGAUGACCAAGAGGAGCAGGAAGGUGGAGAAGCUCAAAGCGAGGAUGCACCUUCUGGGUUUGCGAAAAGCCAAGGUUCCAAUGACACAGAAAACACUACAGGUCCUGAUGUUGAAAUGAACAGUCAGGUUGACAGCGUAAAUGAGCCAACAGAGUGUCAGCAAGAAGAUUUCCAAUAGGGCCACAAGAUGAAGCAAAGGAACAAAGAACUAAAGCUAAAUGACAACCCUCAGCAUUGCAAGGCCUGGCGCUGGGGGACUUGGGAAGAUGAUAGUGUGUGCUGUGGAAGAGGGUGGGGGAGGGGGGAAGGCAAGUCUGCGGAAGGAAGGGGAUCCUUUGCUCUAAUUCUCCAGCUGCAUUUUGUUCUGUUUACCUACAGAAAAAAAAAAGGAAAAGAAAAAGAAAAUUUAAAAAAAAGAAAAAAGAAUAAGCAAGCAAGCUCCCUCCACUCGUGAGAGUAGGAGAGGCUCCGUGCUAAGGCCAUCUUUCAGGCACUCGGUCCCUAUCUUUUCUGUCUUUUCUCCAUGCCUCACCCUAGGGUUGGUGAUAGGGUUCAUACUCACCUGAGUCUCCUGGGCCCUGUCUGCUUCCUUGGUUAUCUCACAAAGCUGAUCAUAGAGUGAUUUCUUCCAAGAAAAAGGAAGGAGGUGAUUAACAAGCUGCAGGCUAAAUUUCAAGAAUCCCCAUGCUCAACAUUGGUUAUGAUCCACAGACAGAGGAGAAAGAAUAGAAAAUGGGCACAAGCCUCAGACAACACUCUGAAAAGGUCUAAAUGAAGAGUUCAAAAUAUUUUAAUUGGGGGUUAAUAAAAAAGGUGGGACCUGGCAGCCUCUGCAGUCUCCACCUCCAUACCCAGGAUGUCAUGUGCAUUCACUUUUGAGGCUGAUUUUGAGCACGGCUUCUUUGGUGUAUGAGGUCUUCACUCUGUGCUUCCAUAUGGAGCCCAUCACUGAGAUGUGGAUCUUUGUACACAGUGGGAAAUGGUGUUCCUUUCAUUAAGACCUAAGAGAUGUGCUUGCUUCCUUUAGGGCCCAAACAAACCUAUUAAAUAAUAAUUUUGGUUUUCAAAGUUCCACUUGAAAUCUCUACUUUUCAUAAAAGAAUAUCCAUGUUGAGCCAAAGUGUGAUAGCCCACAGAGGCUCACACUUGAAGUUAGGAGCAGUAAGAGUCAUUGCUUCCAGUCCUGGCUUCCUAGUCUGCUCAUGCCAAGUCCAAGGAGGAUUUGAUGGGUCAUCCACUCAUCCAAAAGGGAGCCAGAACUAUUAACAACUUAAGAAGCCAGUGGAAUAGUGUUAGCUCAAGAAAUGAAGACCAUGGGAGGCUGGGCAUUAGCCUGACUAUCUGUCCCAAAACAAACUGAAGUUCUCACACUGCCUCUCUGGGUUCCAAAGACAUGGUAGUAUCUUUUGCAUAUCACCUUAACUCUACAAUGUAUGUUUUAGAAUUGGGAUGUUUGUGUUGCUACUCCUAACAGAAGACGGAAAAGUGGAACUGACAAUAUCUAAAGUCAAUAGGGAGAUGAUACCAAUUUAUAAAUAUCUCAUCCAAUUCUCUAGUUUUGCCCUUUCCUGUGGAAAAUUCAUCUUAUCUUCUUAAGACUAGCUUUGGCUGUUCUGAAUUAAUUGCCUCUUCCAGAUUACAUAUUUUGCAUAAUAGAAUAAGUAGCAAAUCAUAUAUCUGCAUAAGUUACCUUUUAACAUCUCUAAAUUUCAUUAAGGCGAUUCAUCAUAGCAACAAGGAUAUUUCAGCAAUUUCAUGGUGUUUCCCCAUGGCCUUUUCUCUUUCUACAGUUCAACACGAACGCAUAUACCUCUCCAUUACACACCCUUUUCUAGAACAAUGCUUUCUCUAAAUAAUUGAAGAAAGCAUGCCGUUCAAAUAUUGAUAGCUUCAAAGUUUCUGGCCAUCUUCAUACCUAUUUUACAAGCACCCAUCAUUUUUAUGAAGUGCCUGACAAGAGGCCCAUGCUAGGAAGGUGUUUCCCCAUAACUCCCAGGGGAAGUACUGCUGGGACUCCUAAUGGGGCAAUAGUGGACAGCAGGCUUCUCAAUGGACACAAAUGAAAGAGGAACAGCCAGGACUGAAGUGACCCAGCCCACCUUUCUCCUUAUUAUCAAUGGCAGCCAUUUGAUUCACUCAUCUUGCAUGGGUUAAAAAAUAGGAAGAGAGAAUUCUAUGAAAACUGUAGGAAAAGGAAAGCACUCUUUGUAUCUAGGAAACAGAGAAGGAGUCGUCCCACUCCUGAAUUUGCUUAAACUUCUUUUUAUGAAUUAGACAUUUUCAUUUUUGCUUUGCAGUAGAUUUUUGGUUGCUAUGUGGCUGAAUGAUUGUAUGCUUUAAAAUAAAUAAUGCAGUUAAUUUACACUUCAAUAAUGAAAUAUUAAAAUUUUAGCUCUGGGCCAGACUGAAGGCGUUACAAACAAGGAGAGCCUGUUUGCUGGCCCUGUCACUGCACAGGCUGUACAAUGCAGUCCAUGUGGGAAGUGGACCAGUUCGGCCACACGUGAAUUCUGGAUGGCAGUUUCCAAUCACACUUCAGCCGGGCCACAUGCCACGAAGGGCAACAGGAGCGUGGAGGGAAGUGGCCCUGUUCUUAGUCAUGUUUGCAUACAGAGGAUUGAAGUAGGCCUUCAACAUGAUAGUCCUAAUUAAAAAGGUACUCACUGCAGGCUAGACAAAGGGGCUUUUCCUCUUGCUGGUAACUAUUCAGAUGAUGGACAAGUCUUCUUUGAUAAAAGCUUACAAAGAAGACCUCUGAAGUACUGUCUAUGAUACUGGGUCACAUAUUAAUCACCGCAGCUAAUUGUAAAUCUUUCUAUGGAACACUGAAAAGCCUCUUUGUGAAUUAAUACAGUUCUGCUUGAUGCACUUGGUUUGCAAAGACAUUUCUCUGUAUGUGGUGCAUGUCAGCUGUGCUUUGAACAACAACAGUUAACAGAAUAUGUUCAAUAUAUUUUCUCGGGAAAUAGGGUUUUUAUCAUAUGACUCAUUAAGGAUUUGCCUUACCCUGACAUUUGUGAUAUAAAGGAAAAUCAGGAAAAAAGUAAUUUUCUUGAACAAGAUACGUUUUUACUUAAUGCGAAUAAAUGUAGUCUGUUGCUUGCAAGGAAAAAAAAAAUGUCUUCUGGUAUUAAUAGGGUAACACGUGCCUCUUCUGUUGAACCAGUCUGGAAAUGCUGGCCAGCUUCUGAGUCUGUUUGUCUCUUUUCAUCUGUGCCACACACUAUGACACUUCAAUGACUGUUGCCUUCAAACUAUAUUUGUUAGAGCAGAGUGCAAAUAAACUUCUUUGAGAGGAUAAUGUGGAA